CAAUAGAGUUUGAAACCAUGAGCAGGAUAGAUAGAUAGAGCACAACAGAGUCAGAGAGGAAGCAAAGGGCUAGAGCCUAGAGGGUGGUGGAGGUGUCAACAAUGGACAUCACCGGCCUCAAAUCUCUCAACAUGGGAAACCCAUUUCGUUUUCGAUCAAAAGUUUCUCUUUUUCGUCCAUUAUUCACUUCACUUCACUUCAAACCCAUCACCCAUUUUUCACCUCGCCUCUGUUCCUUUUGUUCUCUCAAUGGGUCAGCUGAGACCAGCAAAGAAGGUUCUUUGCCCCAGGGUGUUGGAGGGGCAGUUAAGGAAGCAUCACAUUCCAGGAUUCUUCAGGUUGUGUUGGUUUCCCCUCAGAUUCCAGGAAACACCGGGUGCAUUGCUAGAACAUGUGCGGCAUCAGCUGUUGGACUACACUUAGUUGGGCCACUAGGAUAUAAAGUGGAUGAUACUAAACUAAAACGAGCUGGAUUGGACUACUGGCCAUAUGUGGUUGUUAAAAUUCAUAAUUCUUGGGAAGACUUUCGUGAUUACUUCAGGCAACAGGAGGGUGAAAAGCGGCUGCUAGCAUUUACAAAGAGGGGAACAAAAAUUCAUUCUGAGUUUUCCUACAAAAAAGGUGAUUAUCUUUUAUUUGGUGCUGAAACUACUGGCCUGCCACCUGAAGCCUUGUUAGACUGCAAGACUAAACCAUUUGGUGGUGGGACUCUGAAGAUCCCAAUGGUUGAAACUUAUGUCAGAUGUUUGAAUCUCUCAGUAAGCGUUGGCAUAGCUUUGUAUGAAGCUUCUAGACAACUAAACUACGAGCAGUUUCAGAUACCUUCAGAAACAUGUAUCCCUACUGAGGAAACACUUAUUACUGAAGACAUUCUUGCUUGAUUAUCUCUUUUUUCAAGUCAUCUUUGAGUAUUGUUUAUUUAUUGUGCUUGUCUCAUCCAGAACAAGGUCAUUAGUCCUAGUAAUAAUUGAAGAAUUGAAACA